GUUUGUUUCAUUCCAAACUGUGACCGUGACCCCGUCUCCAUCCUCCGCCCCGUCUCGGGAAACGAGCAACACCUACCCACUACCUCUACCUACCUACCUACCUUACCUCACCUACUCCCUACGUAGGUACCUUACCUCCAUACAGUACUUACCUCUACGUACCUACCUACAGAGCUAGGUUGCUGAAACCCUGCUGGCUCUGUGUCUGGCCUGGGCUGCCCUGGCUGCCUGCCCGGCUGAGUGCCCUGCCUUCCAUGUCCACCAGGACGACCGGCCCAGAUUCCCUCACGUAGUGUAGGUACCUUACCGUACCGUAAAGAUGGAGUUCCUGUCAGGCUAUGCAGCCGCAAGGGCCCCUUUAUCCGCCUACCAGGUCGAGCCGCCGCCGCCUCCACCGUCGACUUCAUCUUCUGGCCAGCUGCUGCAGCCCUCGUCCUCCUCCGAUCGUCGAGCGCCGCCGCAUCCUCUCCAUCCCACCGUCACUCGCUCCAAGUCGACCUCGGGCGCUCACUCGCACAGACGCCAUCGCCAGUACGGCCACGCUCGCACCAACAGCGCCAGCACCACCGGCAGCAGCUCGGGCGCUCCUCUGCAGGUGGUCAGCAGCGCCGCCGGUCAUCAUCAUCCAUCGACACCAGCAUCGUCCUCCCACAAGCACAAGCUGUUGAAGCCAGCUUGGCUACAGCCAAGUGGAACACAUCACCCACCAUCAGAUCGCAGCGACGACGCGGCCGCCACAAGCGCUGCCAACUCUGCCUCAUCUGCCUCGGCGGGCCCGGGACCCCGCGCGACCUCGUCUCUCGAACAUUAUCGCCCCUCGCGCCGCGACUUCCUCAGCCCUCCCUCAUCAUCCCAUCACCAGCACCGCAGCUACUAUCCCGACUGGAUACCUACGGCUGGCCUACACCCGAACCCACACCACGGCCACAGGCAGCUCCCCGCGACGUCUCGCAUCGACACGCACGAUAGCAAAUACUGGACUCCCCCCAAUACUGCCAGCGCUUCUUCCGAGCCUUCGUCAGCCCGGUCGCCCGUCUCUCGUGACGGAACCCGCACACUCGCGCCCACUACGAGCAAUAACCUCAGUCUUGUCGGGGGAGGAGCCGGCGCCUCCAUUGCUUUUGCCGCCCACGCCGCCUCCAGCAUCCUCGAGCGUGGUCGUCACGUGCCGCCGCCGCCGCAGCCGCCCCAUUCCCAGGGGCAACAACAUGCCAGUAGCGCAGCCGGCGCCAUGCCUCUCUCGUCCGGCACCAGCUCCAAGAUCUCUGGUUACGAUGGCUCCCGCGCCGAAAGUGUCUCCAGCAUUGCUGGCACCACGGUAAGCAGUCGGACAUUCCUCUCGAGCGACCCGCUUCCGAACCCCGACCAGCUCGCCAACAACGAGGCCCGACCAUUUGUUGUGCGCAGCGGCCGAACGUACAUCUCCGAUCCGACGCUGGCGUACCCGCUGCCCGUCGAUCUCGAGGAAAUACAUAGGCAGACACUGAGGACGCUGUUGCUUCUGCAGCUCUUUGGCAAACCCAUAUGCUCGCCCGAGUUCGCCGACCAGCCACCCAAGCGCAUUCUGGAAAUUGCCUGCGGCUCCGGCGUUUGGUCGAUGCUCUGCUACAAGCACUACAAGAAACUCGGCCAGGCCGACGGCAUUUCCUUUACGGGUAUUGACAUUGCUCCCCUGGCUCCACCCAGCAGCUCGGGCAACAGCGACAGUAGCGAAGGGCGCCGCAGCAACCGCGCCUCUUCCUCGUCUGCUACGCUGUCCGCAGCAGGUGGAGGUGGCGCCACGAGCUCUUCGGGGAUGCAACCUGACCCGCAAAUGAACUGGCGUUUUGUUCAGCAUGACUGCCGCAAGUUCCCUUUCCCCUUUCCUGACGGCUCGUUCGAUUUGAUCAUGUGCAAGGACGUGUCUCUCAUCACUACUACUGCCAUGCAGCAGCCGUUGAUUGACGAGUACAUUCGCCUUCUUGCGCCGGGCGGUGCCAUCGAAAUCUGGGAAAGCGAUCAUACCCUGCGGAUGUUGAGGCCGCACGUCCCCGAACAUAUGCAGAACUCGUCAGCGCCGGCCGCUGGUGAGGAUGGGCAGCCGGCCCAAGGUAGCGAGGACAACGAAGUCGAGAAAAGCCCCGAGGAAAUCGAAGCCGCCGAAGCCGCCCGCAUGGGAGCCUACGUAAUGACACCCAACACUCCGCUCUCCUCCCCGCUCAAUCAUUUCCUGGUGGAAUACAACGCCUGGCUGUCCAAAGCCCUCGAAGCCCGUUCUCUGUCGUCCAUGCCCUGUACCCUCGUCGGCCCCAUUAUGCUUCAAGAAGCUGAAACCCUCACGGCGAUGGGCAACAAGCGGCUGGCUGUUCCGCUAUCAGAAGUCCGUUGGGAGCGCGAGGGCGUGGGCGGUGUGGUGACCAAGGAUGGAAAGGCGUUUAUCUCGACAAAGCCGAGUUUUUCGAAUCUGCAAAUGGAUGCGAAUGGGGGAAUGGGAAAGACGUUGGGGCCGGAGGCGCGGGCACUGAGGAGGACGGCGUUGAUAACGGUUGUGCAGAUGAUUCAGAGUUUGGAGCAUAUACUGAGGGAUGUGUCGGGAAAGAGUCAGGAUGAGUGGGAUGCGUGGUUGGGCAAGAUGAUGAAUGAUCUGGUGGAGGGGAAUGGGACGAGUUGGGGAGAGUGUUUGGAGGUUGGAGUAUGGUGGGCUAGGAGGAGGUGAGGUGAGACUGUUUGAGGUUGAGCAAGUAACGAGGGAGAGUAGUCAAGGGAGGUGUAGUUUCAUUUGUGACGGAUCGAAUGGUAAUUUCUUAAUGGUGGCCUCUGUUUCUGGAGUCGAAAGGAAGGAGGCCGGGAUAUAGGGUGAGCGUGUUUUGGAUAUGGGUGGAUGGAUGGGAUUGGAUGGGAUGCAUCUGGGUGGGUAGGUCUGGUGGAAGAUGUCUUGGAUGGACUUGUAUAUGGAUAGGUAUAUAGGAAAGAUGGACCUGUGAAGUCCAGUCGCAUCUGUCGUAUCAAGAU